CAUGUUCAGUCUUUUGUAUCUGUAGUCACUGUACAAGUCAAAGUGGAAUAAAAAAUGUAGCAUUUUUUGCCUUGAUCAAUUUAUUUAUAACGAAUUCCUUUGUACAUGACUUGGAAAAGUGUAAGGAGUAUUACAGAAAUGAAGUUAAACAGUAUUUAUUGUUUAUUCAGAAGAUAGCAUAGUAGAAAUGACCCCAAAGAGGAAGACUACAAGCUCAGAAUCAACUUCAACAACUAGUUCUGGUUCUUCAUCGAGUAGUUCUUCAAGUUCAGGCAGUGAAUCUAGCUCAUCUGAUUCAGAAAAUUCUAGUAGCUCUGCAAACAGUCAAAAAGCAUCUGAUACAGAUAAAACAAAGAAGAAGACACCCUUCUCAGCUAAUCGACAUGGCAAAUCUAAAGCUGACACAGUUUCUACACCUAUUACAGAAAAUAAAAACAAGGAAAGAAUACCACCAAAGAGUAGACCUGUGGUAUAUUCUUCAGAAUCGGAAGGGUCACCAAGCAAAGUAAAGUCUACAAAAAGAAAACCACCAGCUAAACCAAAAGCCACUGCCACAGUAGCACCUGUUGUUAAACAACAAAGGCUCCCUAUUAAAUCCAUAGCUAGUGCCAGUCAGCAAAAGAAUGUACCUAAUACCAAACCAAUUGGUAACAAGCCAAACAAACCUUCAGUCUCCACCAGUACUAAUGGUAAAGGUCUUGAUAAGUCUGCAAAAACAACAUCAGAACCUGUACAAAAGAAAUUGAAGAAGAAAAGUAUAUUUAGUCCUGAAAAUAGUAGUGAAAGUGACAGUGGUGUUCCAACUAAAACUAGUACAGUAAAACCACCAAAUAGUUCAGCAAAAUUUGCAAAAAAUCAACCACCUAAGCCUAAGCCAAAUGAUGUAAAACAAAAACCUCCUGCUCCAAGCAGAGCUAGUUUGAUCACAAAAACGGCUCAGGCACGCAAAUCAGAAAGCUCUGCAAGUUCAAAAAGUUGCUCUGGAGGAUCAGGUUCUUCUGCCUCUACAGAUAGUAGUACAGAUUCUGAAUCAUCAGAGAGUGUUGCUAGCCCACAGCCUGCAACAAAGAAGAAAGAAACUCAACCAAGUACUGCAAUAAAUGUUGCCUCAAGUAUUCCACCGAAACGGCCUUCCGCAACAGUUGCACCUGUUAAACCACAAAAAUGUACAAAACGACAAAGUAAUUUUAUCGGUACGGUCAAGAGCGAAGAUGAAGCUGAUGCAUCCGCCAGUGAGAAGGAAAUGGACGAACAUGGAGAAACAAGCGCAUUGAAAACGUCGACUAAAGGCAAGAGGAAAUUGCAAACACGAAAGGGGAGCAAAUUAAUUCAGCUUCAGGCAAAGGCAGCCAGUGAUUCAGAAUCUGAUACAGGUACGGAAACGGUAGCGUGUAAACGUAUCCUGCAAAUUCCGCUGAUCCGGUGUGAUUUAUCGAGAGUAGCUGAAAGCAAGAGGAGCACGAGCAAAUCACCCGUUAAACGUGCUGGGCCUAGCACUGCUGCCAGACACUCAUCCGGGCCCAACAGGCUGCCACAAAACAGUGGUGUUUCGAAUACUACUGGUGGAAGAUCUGGACCAGGAAAUUAUGGUCGUACGCGUGUGACCAAGGAAAGAGAAUGCCCUUUAGCACCAGCUUGCGACUCUAGAGGUCAUCUCUCUGGAAAACUUGAUUCACAUUUCACACUGGAGGCUUGUCCUUUGUAUCAUAAUACCACACCACAGGCUUGCGUAGAGUUUUAUAAAGAAAGAAAGAAACGCGAAGAGGAAAGGAAGAAGGCUGUAUCAUGUUUAGCGAAAAAGUCUCCAAAGGGAAUGCAUCAAACGACAGAGCAGAGGAAUUAUCAACUGAAAGUGAGGGAAAUGAGAAGCAAGUGGAAAGGAAGCGCUGGCGAUGGAAACGAAAGCGAUAGUAGUAGUGAACUUCAAGGAAACGAAAAGGAUCGUCAACCACGUUUAUCAAAUCUAACUCCGGAGUACGAUUUAAAGUUAUUUAUGGAAGCACAAGCGAUUGCUAGUGAAAAAAUUGAAAAGGAGCUGAAGGAGUUGGAUUACGAUGGCGAAGGUAGAAACAGUGGCGGAACACGAGUCAUCGAAAUGGGAAAAUGGGAAAUGGAAGUGUGGUACCAAAGUCCGUACCCUGAAGAGUUCAGUCGUGCUCCAAAACUUUACCUAUGCGAAUACUGUUUGCGGUACGCGAAAAGUCGGCAAGUUUUAAGGAGACAUCGAGAGAAAUGUUUAUGGAGACAUCCGCCUGGACACGAAGUGUACAGGAAAGACAAGAUAGGCGUAUGGGAAGUGGAUGGGAAACGUUAUAAGCAAUACUGUCAGAAUCUAUGCUUGUUAGCAAAAUUCUUCUUGGACCACAAAACGUUGUACUACGACGUCGAGCCCUUUCUUUUUUACGUGAUGACAAUCGGCGACUCUGAAGGAUGCCACACCGUUGGUUACUUCAGCAAGGAAAAGAACUCCUUCCUCAAUUACAACGUAUCCUGCAUUCUUACCUUGCCACCUUAUCAGCGACAAGGAUACGGUCGACUGCUCAUCGAUUUCAGUUACUUAUUGACCAGGGUCGAGAAAAAGAUUGGCUCGCCCGAGAAGCCUUUAUCGGAUCUGGGCUUGAUCUCGUAUCGCAGCUACUGGAAGGACGUUUUGCUGCAGUACCUCUGCAAUUUCGGGGGCAAGGAACUCUCCGUUAAAGAUAUCAGCAAGGAGAUGGCGAUCGACUCGUACGACAUCGUCAGUACCUUGCAGGCCCUCGGUAUGAUGAAGUACUGGAAGGGCAAGCAUAUCAUUCUGAAGAAACAGGACGUGAUCGACGACUACAAGGAGAGGGUGAAGAGGCGAGGACCCGUCUACAAAGAGAUCGAUCCGGAGUGUCUGAAAUGGAACCCCUUCCAGCCUCCCAAGACGCCCUCCGCCUCGAACUAAGGUUUGCAGCAGCAGCAGCAGCAGCAGCAGCCCAGAAUGACGCCGACGCCAGCCAUUCCCCUCCUUCGUCGACCGAGGGCGGUGGUCGAUCUCUUUCUCUUCUUAAGUCGUCGCCUUCGUUCUUUUUUUUUUUUCUCUUUUCCUACUCCCUCGUGAUGCUCUUCUUUCUUGCUCGACCGUCGCCUCUCGCGACACUCAUCAAAGCCAUAAGCUACGGUCGCGCAGAUUUCGCAUAUACCCCUAACGAUCAAUCGAUAAAACCCGUAAAGAUCCUUUGAGGAAUUCUUCAGCGCCCUCUGCUACCUCCACCUCAUGCAACGAGGUCAACGAGCAAAGCUUAACUAGUCCCCCCUCGAGACGUCCCACGAUGUACCAGAAACAGAAACAAUGAUUCGUACUCGAGUAAUUAACUUCCGUUUGCAAUCGAGCUUCCUGACCUGAUGAACGUACAAGACCAUUCAGUAGUAAACACAAUCGCCACCCUCGCGAGAUUCCCAACCCAGCGAGAGUCGUCAACCUAUUUUCUAAAUUUUAUGAAAAUUUUCUAUACUCGACGUUUAAAAGCCAUACUGUUUAACACGCUAGUCAACGCGUAGCAAAGGCGGUCGUCAGUGGGUUAAGAACAACCGGAUACGCCCAUCACCGGUAACCCUAUCUGUGCUCGACUUCCGUACCCGAUAUGUCAAUGAUAUUAUUUUUUUUAAUUCAUCAAAGAACAUUUAUAAAAAGGUCCGACUCUUAGGGUCUCGUUGAUUUACGUAUGUCGCGGAAUGACUAGGAGGUACUUACUCGUAUCAUGUUAUCGAUCACUAUAUGGUCCGUUGCAAAAUAAAAUUUGAACCGUGGAGACACCAGAGAGGCACGACACGCGUCCUCGGUCGAGCCGUUAGGUAAAGUGAAAAUAACUCGAAAGUUAUCGAGUUAAGGUUGAACAGGAUCAAUUUAAAUGCUCACGUUCUUAUGACGCGACGACGCGACACAUCGCAACCGUGAGGACUGUAAAAAGAGUUUUAACUGCGGCGAACAUACCGUUCGCGACGUCUGCGAUUAGGACUUGACACGUUCGUUGCGAACAACGCUGACCCACCUCGGUUGUGAUCUUCCUGCGACACGGAUCCACGUCACACUUAAUUAAUAUUAAUAACAUCAUCAUUAUUAAUAUUUAUAUCAUUGUUAAUAUUAUUCUUAGUUUUAAUUCAGCCGUUCACAACGAACGUGUUAACGCGGACAUAACCUAUAACGCGCAUCGAGUUUACGAUGUAAGGGAAUAUUGUUAAAGGAUAGGAUGUCUUGAAUAUUACAUACAUAUUGAUGAAACAAUUUUCUUUUAUUUUUAAUUCAGUUUUGUUUUCUUUGAACAGAGUUUCAUACAAGUUUCAUACAAGGGAACAGGCGACCUCCUACAGUUACCACCGUAAUAGUGCAAUUAUAUAAUAACUAAUAUCCACAAAAAAUCAAUUUUAUUUGAGUACGAAUGACGUAGAGGUUUCCUGUUCCGUUCAUUUUUUUUUUUGUCUGGAUUACAUUCGUUUCGAAGUUUUUUAAUUGAAAAACAGUGCACAUUUAUCAUAAAAAAACAACUUUUAUUUUAACGUCGGCCCACGUUAUCGAUGAUUUUCUUCUUUCGUUGAGCUGCGAGUAAUAAAUCUGUAAUUGAGACGUUUCAUAAUCGCGUAUGUUCAACAAAUGUACAGAACUAUUUAUAAAUAAUACAAUUUUUAUCCAUAACUGCGUGUACCCCGUGCAUCGAGUGCAUAACCCUUCUACCCUGUCCAAGAAUCGAGGAAAUAUUUUUCUGGGAACGCUAUCGCGGUAUUCUAAGGAAAAACAAGCGAUUCCGCGGCGAUUGAACUUUCCAAGACUAUCGUGUUCAUGGAAAGCUGAUUUCCCGUGAGUACCUGCGAUAUCCGAUUUCAUAGAAUCAAUACUAGUAUCGGAUUAACAUAUAUAGGAAAAUUAUUGCUUUUCCGCAUAUAUCAUAAACGAUUUAAUUUCGCGCGUUCAACGAACUACUUCACGUAAAUCAAUUCAACCAUUUGGUUAAUUACAUGUUACUUUAUGUAAAGCUUUUUAACGGUUGCACUCAACCAUACCAAAAAAAAAAUAAGUUCAAUGAACUAACUUAUCUGUUUUACUAUAAGUACCGACUUAUAAAGAUACAAAUUGAGACGUCAUAAAAAUAUCAGUCACACUAGAUAUAGUUUAUACGACAGAAAUAAGAUAUAAAACCCUCUUAUAACCUGUCGGUACAUUCUUUUAAAACUCGUUCACAUGGUUCUGUAUGGUCUAUUAACUCUAAAUACAACUUUUAUUUCUUUUAUAUAUCUAUAGACAUGCUUUUUUUGUCGCAACCAGUUACAUUAUACCACUGAUUCAAAGCCUUAUCUCUUUCAGUCCAAGUUUUAACCUUUUCGAUGGUUGGGCGUUGCAUCGUGCGUGAAACGUUUAGAAUUACGAUAUGCCGAAACAAGUUUUAUCGAACACACUAUACCUAGGGAAUUAUACUCGGUACUGUACGCCUAUCGGCAAGAUUACAACAGCCGAAACUGCAAUUCCGUCAGUUUUUAUAAGACUACACCGGGAAUAUUAAACGAUACGUGAUCGGUAGGCGACACACGUGGCAAAUUAUCAUAAAACAUCAUUAAAAUUCAUUAAGAUAAGAAUGAUUUGAAAGGGAAAAAAUAAAUCUAAUCUACGUAGUUGUGUUAGGGAUAAAGAGUCUCGAAUUGAUCGGUUGUAAUUUGUCUCGGGCCACGCAUUGCGGCUUUCGUGACUGGGAAGUUUAGUGAUUCGAAAAAAAUAAAAGAAAUGUUAGUCGUCGCGGAUAGGCACUUUUCGACGCUGAGGGGCUUCUAUUGGAAGCGAGCAAAGAGGCGAAUAAUUGCGUUACUCGAGUUCCUCUUUCUCAUUCUGUCUCCUCUCUUUUCUUUCGCUCGGUAUGCCGCCACGCGACCCCACGUAACAUCAUUAUCCCAUUAGUUUGCGACAUUACCAGGCUACAACGGUUCCUCUCUCUCUCUCUCUUUCCUUCGCUCCUCCAGAAAGAAACGAUAUCGACGACGCGACGCAACGCUUUGGAACCGUUCAUCUAACACAGGGCGCCGGUUAAUUUUAUUUGUCCACUAAACGAGGAUCACGUUCAAAAUAAAAUCGCACAAUUUACCAGGCUACGCGGUAUUAACCAGGUUACGCGACGUUGCAUCGAUCACAGUAACUGUUUUGCAACAAGUUUUCUAGGGAAAAGCGAAAUAAUUCUAUUAUUCAUGCCCAUUGAUAAAAUUGUUUUUCCUUUGGUCUUACAUUUCUACGUUAUCUUACAUCAAUGGAUAUAACUCAUGGUACAGCGUCGAGCAUAAUAGCUGUCCUUAGGGAAAUAAGCUCCAUCACUUAAUAUCCGAGAAUGGAAAGUUGAAGUUGAUUUUUGUGUCGUGGCGACGAAAUAAGGGAGCAGGGCACAGUCAUAUGAAUUGCGCUCCAACAGGUGCCGGGUAUCGAGUUCACCAGAGCACCUGAUGAAGUACAAUUAACAUGCAGCCUCCACAGUUCUUCCACCUCUGUUUUUUUUCCCCUUUUAUUUUUAAUCAUUUCUUAGUCGAUUGGUAUGUAAUUCGAAUUCAUACCGGUAAAAAAAAAUGAUGACUGGUUUCGCCGCAGCGCGCGCUACUUCAGGUACCUGACUGAUUUGAAGUUGGCACAGCCGAAAGUACCCGAGUAACGCGUGUUGCGAACGACACAUUUCUUUUCGAUGAUCAUCUGUCAGGUAAUGUAAACGAUUAUUGCAAUAUCACGUGACGAAAAUAACGUAUUUAGCAUAAGAUUCGGGUGCAUGCAAGAAUAGGUUAACGAUCAAUAUGGAUACCGUGAUCCAUUGCACCGAUCCGUGCAACAAGGUGGCUGGAAGGUUAGGUUCGGUUCGAAGCAGGUAGUGAAAAUGUUUCUUUGACUUGGAAACCUACAACAAAUUUCCUCGGGCACGUCGAGUUCGCAUUUAAAGAAACGGACGAUAAAUCGAAAACCCGAGAGACUUUAUAAUACGGCCUGAAGAUUUAUCGGGAAAGGGAACUUGACAGGCAGAUGGCUGCCUGGUGGUACAUACAGGUAGCUAGGAUCUGGGGAAUUUUUUACGCGUCACGUCUCCCAAUAUUUCACUUGAAAUUAUUUUUGCAAUAACGAAUAACACCAUGACACAUCCACCGACACGUAAGUCACCGAUUCAUUCUAUGAGUAACCCUUUAAACACUACGAGUUGAAAAUAUCCGAUACGUCACGAAGAGCAUUUCGUACAAAGGAACAAUCGAACACACGUGAUCGUUUGUUCCCCAUCGUUUUACCCUCUGCUCCGAUACACAAAAUUACGCACUUAUUUUGCGUCUCCACGGGCACAGCCGGCAACUAAAACUUAUCACAUACAAAUGGCACCGCCUAGUAACACGACAUCCUAUAUUCGAAGUCACAUCAUCCGUUCUGGUCAAAUAUUUCCUUGGUCGAUAUACUCGUUGGAACGAUCGAUAUAUUCACAAAAGUUUGAACCGUCGAUAAUACUAGGGGUAAAUUCGCACAAGUUGUAACUUUACCACACCAUCGAAGCGUUUCGUUCGCUCGGACGUGUUCCGUCGAUAAGCAAAUCUCGUAUCGGAGCAGAACGGACGAGAGAUUCGCGAACAAACGUCGAAGAAACGUGGACGAGAUUAUAGGACUCCGAUCAGCAGUAAUAUCCGUCGAGCUGUUCCUUCGCAAUGGUCGACGCAUCGUGACAUUGAAACUCCUGCACUUGUGGUAGUAGUGGUGGUGGAGGAGUAGAAGGAGGUAAAGGAAAGUCUCUCCCCCUCUUGCUUCUCUAUCCUGUUCCCUCUUUUCCGUUCUUCGUCGACGAGCGACGAUAAUAGGCCGGGAAACGUCGACGAUCGCGGGACGAGAGGGGCGGAAACUUCGAUGAAUCAAAGCGAAGGAGCCAGACAGAGGGUGGGGGGGAAGAAAGAAGAGAAGUGCGACAGCGUUGGAUCGAGAUAAGGGGAAAGGAUCGAAUGGAUUGUAGAAGAUAGGGAGGGGAUGAAAGUCAGAGGGGUGGGGGAGAUGGAAGAGGGCAAGGUUGCAGACGGCAGCCACCAAGGGAAAAGCACGGAUGCACAUAUGCAUAUAUGUACAAAAAGCGAGAACAUAAGCGUGAAGGUUUUUAAAAAUAUUUUUUAUUAAUUUUCACUCAGGCAAUCGUGUAGCAACAAUACUUUUCAUGCUUCGAUGCAUGCAAGAAACUUUUCGCGAGGUCCACUGUACUAUCUCGAGUGACUCAACACCGGACAGUAACGUACACUGUGUACAGAAUGCAAAUGCCUUUACUUUGGUACGUUCCUCACGACACAUUCCACCGGCAAACUCGUCUAAUUCAGGCCUAACCCAACCGUCAAGCAUCGGCCACGGAAUAAUAACGCUGUCGUGCUCUUUUUCCCUCCCGACAAGGUACACGUACCAGAAAAGUUGUACUUCAGAGGGCCGAUAUAAAUUACAGUAUUAUUCGUACGAUAGGUUAUUUCGAAGAUAGUCAUCGUACACCUUUGAUCAACGGCAUAGUCACGAACGUAACAUGGAUAUAAUUAGUGCGCUGCACCGAAUGCUGUAUACUUUAGACACGCGAAUUUUGAAGGCAAUUUUAUUUUGCAAAUCGUGUGUUUCAAUUUAUAGAUUCGAUUCGACGUACAUUGUUGUAUCUACCCUAUUAACCACGCGAAAACACCACGCGUUCAUUUUGUCUGUCCGGUGAAUGGCUCGUUGUUCAAUAGAGAAUACAUCGAUCCAUUGUUAACCGAUUCAAUGGUAUUUCUGCGAUCCUUGAUUUGAGCCUGUCUCUGUCAGGAACAUAAGCUACGCACCACUCCUUCGGCCACUGUUACCCGCGUCAAAGUGCCUUCGGGUCAGACCGACGUGCAAGUGCAUGCAAAUCAUUCCGAGACCUUAGUCGAAAACGCACUAACGUGACCCGCGAUAUCGCGUUAGUCGGCAGCAAGAGAAAAGGUGUCCAAUCUUCGAUCUGGCCGUUCUGACCGGAAGUUUGCGGGGAGACCACGUAGCCUAAGCCGGGUGCGUGGGACGAGUUUGCGCCGAGUAACGACCGUUAAGAAACUUCCGCUUUAAGUACGACGGAUGAGUCAAGAUUACUAAGAAAAAAUCACCUCACACGCAAUAAUACGCGACUGUGAAAGUCGAUGCAUUCGAAGAGAGGCGUUCCACAAGAAACCGUGACUCAUCUAUCAGCAAUGCGUUAAAGUCUAACCCUAAUAGUCUGCUGCUCGCUCACCGUUCACGCGAUACCGCGUGAUCAACGCUAACGAUGCGGCGCCCAGACAUUUAUAGAUUCGACCUUUGGAUUAUUUGCCAUUGUAACGUGAAACAGCAUUAUCUGAACAGCCUUUGGUAUCUGACAACUUCCGGUGACAGUGACGGUCGAACGAAACAACGAUGAUAUUGAUUCUCGGUGUCUAUUUACUGCUUUUUCACAUUUCCGAUGCUACGUGUUAUAAAAAAGUGACUCUGAUAUCGAAUACCAUCGAGGAUACCGAAGAGGAUUAAACAAGAGGUCUACUGACUCAAGUUCCUUACUGCGGAUUCGCUGAACCCACCGGAAGUAGAAUUUCAAUAAAAUUUUCAUUGAGAAUCGAGUGAAAACUAUUCGGCUCUGUCUCGAAGAAGAAACAAGCUGGUUUAAAGUUUAGAUAAAAUUCUAAUAAAACUCUUUAUCUAUUUAGAGUUUGCGUACACCUUACCUUAUCAGUUAUAAAAUAAAGAACGCAAAUAUUCGUGAAUUUCGAAGAAAACUAUCGCCUCUUGAUUAUAAGCGUGAGUCAGCGUGUAACGUAUUCUUGGCUUUGUGAUAAGAGUAGUUGGAAAUUUUUUGAUACCGACAUUUAAAUGGCUGUGAAAAAUCACGCGGCUAUUUCAACGGAGCGUGGAUGUGUUUCCAAAACGCGAAGAGAAAGAAAGAGAAAAAAUCGACGGAAAGUUAAAAAUAACUGUUCUCCCGGUGCCUCUUUCCGUGCAUACCAUCCUCGCCCUCUCGUCUUUUUCGUUUCAUCAAGCGUUAUAUUUCAUCGAUUGUUGGUGUUUAAAAAGAGUGUUCAAACUUUAGGAAAUUCUAAAUAUUUCCUUGCUUAAUUUAUGAAAAAAAAAAAAAAUUGAACAUCUCUUCAAAUAUGGCACGGAGGAAUCAGCCACACGAGAGGAAUUCAGUUCACGUUUCCAAAGUACUAGAAGAGUUCCCAAUUCCAGAAGGGAAAAAGUGAAACUCGUCAACCCUUGAGAAAACCCCAUAACAGUGGAAUUAUUAAAUCGACAAAAAAGCGUUUAAUCAUCGCUCCCUAUUUUUCAUUUCUUCAAUUACAACAUCUGCCCGCAUUCUAUAAUUCCGUAAAGUCGGCAGGGUCGCUAACGACCCCUAUGCAUUUUCCGACUAUUCCUACUCAUAAAUAGAAUUUAAAUGCAUGGUUAAUCCUUUGACCGUGAGCAGUGUCAAAUUAGAAAGCAUCGUUAUGAAAGUGGGUAGCUCGACGAUAGUACAUGGGCGUAACCGUAAAAUCGGGGAACCCCGCGAUAAAAAGUAUCGGUACUUACUCGAGUGGAUUAAAGUCGAUGACCCGUUUUAAGCGACGGGAGAAAAACGAUUCUUUCACUCUGAGACACUGUUGAUCGCUCACCGGGGAGUAAGAGGAUUCACGAAGAAACCGUUUGUCUGUCUAAUUACAUUGGAAGACGGUAGGUGAAUCGGUUAAUUUUCGAUGCGAUGAGUCACAGAGAAGAAGACGAUGGUUCGCUCAAGUUCCAGUGCGCGCGAUGGGUUCAGGAUCCAAUGCGAGAGAAGAAGAGGAAGAUAGGCUAAAGAGGAGGCGAAAUCCAGGCCUGAAUUUACGUGACGGUAAAGCGAGGGGUCUCGUCUGCCCUUGAAAGUUUUCGUCUACGUGCCUGACCCUCUUUACCCGGCACUGAACUGAACUGUCCUUGGACGGUCGGGAACGGUUCAACGAUAGCAGCACACAGCAUAGCACAAACGACAGAGAAGACCAUAAACUAAAGCUACCCCGGGAUAUAUGGUGGGGUCCCUAACGAAGGAAACGGAGAUAUGGUGGGGCGCAAUGGAGACUAGUCGGCGCCACUGGACCAUCCUCUACGGAUCGACUCCCCGUAGCCGAUUGUUCUCCGAUCUCACGAAUUUCAAGGACGUCUACGCGAAACCUGCCUGACUGCGAGAAAAAGGAGAUCUAGGAAUCCUCCUCCUUUCUCUCUUUCUCCACGCUAUUCCUUAACCUACCUCCUCCGCCCUUUCUUUUCCCCCUCCCAUCCAACGCGUAUACAUUUUUUUCCCAUACAACGAUCGUUGACGUCAUUAAGAUAUUCGCAUACCAUUUCCGUUCGUUUCGUUUCGAACGGUCUCUACGCGCGUUUACCGAGCUCGCAGAAAAAUAUAUCUAACAAAUCACCCUUUAUCUUCUUUUUCUGCCCGCUUCUUCGAACGCGCGACAAACGUUGUGUCCGAUUU